GAUACAUUUCAUUUAAAAAAAAGAAAGAAAAAAGAAAAUGAGAGAGAGAGAUGAAGAGAAAGCUUCGGACAUCAGCUUGAGAGAUCUCUCAGAGAGACUAAACGAAUUCGCAAAAGCCAGAGAUUGGGAGAAAUUUCAUAGCCCUAGAAAUCUCCUCCUUGCUAUGGUGGGUGAAGUUGGAGAGUUGUCGGAGAUAUUUCAAUGGAGAGGAGAAGUGGAGAGAGGGUUGCCGGAUUGGGAAGAUUCCGACAAGGAACAUCUCGGAGAAGAACUUUCCGACGUACUUCUUUACCUUAUCCGACUCGCCGACAUCUGCGGAAUCGAUUUAGGCAUAGCCGCCGUCAAUAAACUCUUCAAGAACGCAGUCAAGUAUCCUCCGCCGCCGCCGCCUCCCUCAUCCGCCGGUUGAAGAAAUUUUAUUUGCGGAAAGAUCCCUGCAUCUUUUGUUUUUGAUGGAAACGAGCAGAAGGAAAUAAUUUAUAUUUUCCAAUUUAGCCCCGGAGGAAUUAAAGAGUGGAUUAAACACCCUGCGUCUUUGUUUUUUUGUCGAAACCCUUCCAGAUUAUGUUCACGUUUUUAUCUAGUAUUAGAAUUUUGUAAUAAAUAAGUUUAUUACUAUGAACUAUAUAUAACUCAC